ACUAGGAGAGAAGUCGCAGCUAAGUUCGGCUGUGCCGCGGUCUGAGUUUGUUGUGGGUCGGAACUGAGAUUAAAUGAAGUGAUUAAAAUGAUGAUUAUUUUUAUUUUACGUAAAAAAGAAAUAAAGCUUUAUCUUAUUAUAUCAUUGUAUAUUUAUGCAAUUUUUAGACAGCUAUGACGUGCUUUGAUCGCAUAAUUAUUGAGGCAUUGGAGGAAAAACCUUUUAUCUUUCUCUUACUUGGAACUAAAAAAUUCCUGAUGAAACCAUAAUGUCAUUUUAUAAUUUAUCUGCCAUUUCCAAGGAGACUAUUGUGCAGAUUUUCUCAUAAAAAGACAAGCAUCAAAUAUUUAUUACUGUGAUUUACUCAAGAAAAAGUUGUAAUUGUGGCUUCCAUUAAUUCAGAUUCUGAAAUAAAGUUUAGAAGAAACUUUGUCCCAAGUGCAGACUCAAAGCGUUUGAAAGUAAUGGAAUCGGAAUCAGUUUCAGAAGAUAUCACCAAUCAUCGCAGGAGUAAUGGACGGAAGAAAACAUGGUUAGAAUUGCGGCAAGAAGUUCGAAAUGUACGAAGGCAGUUGUCGAACAUAUCUGCUAAAAUACCCAAUUGUUUUGAAUUCAAAGAAAUGUUUUCGGAAAAUGAGUCUCGUUUCUAUCGAAUAUAUUUCCUAAGUACUGUUUCUUCUGGACGUGAAACAACUCUUUUAUACUGUGAUGUGCCAGUGGAUUGUAUUAAAAGCAAAGUAGAAACAUUUCAGUGGCAGCCUUUGCUCGAAUCCUCAUUUCAAACGUACCACCCUCAAGGACGAUUUUCAAGGGAAGAACAACUUCAGUGGGAGAGAAAACGGUUAGUUAUGUGGGGCAUAACUUCCUUUGACUUUCAACCUUCUAUCGGGAGAUUUGUAUUUCCAGCCUGUGGUGCUGUGUUUUAUUGUGAUGAUGAUUAUUUACAGCAUCCACCAUUAUUUCCCCGAGAAUUAAAAAACUCAGUUCCACCUAGUGCAAGGUUAAACCCUCAGAUGUGCCCUUGGAAUCCAGAUCUUAUUGCUUACAUCAACAACUUUGAUUUGUGGGUUCACAAUGUGGUCUCAUCAUGUGAUGUUAGGCUCACUUUUGCAAGAAGAGGUAAUACAGAUAUAGCUGAUGAUCCAGUAAGUGCUGGUAUUCCAUCCUAUGUCACUCAAGAGGAGUUUAACAGAUACACUGGAUAUUGGUGGCAGCCUGUGCCUGUUCCUGCAGGUGGCAAUGUGUAUCGAAUUAUGUAUGAAGAAGUUGAUGAAUGUGAUGUAGAAAUACUUCAUCUGCCUUGCUUUGGAGAUGAAAAAGAAUUAGAAGUUUUCAGGUUUCCUCGAGCAGGAACAAAUAAUGCUAAGUCAUCAGUCAAAAUAGUGCAAUUUACUGUUACCCCAACAAACCAGAUAGAAGUUUUGUCAGAACUACAUCCGAGUGAAAGUCUGCAAACCAUUUGCCCUAAUGCGGAAUAUCUUGUCCGAGCUGGGUGGACGCCGGAUGGUAGGCAUUUUGUUCAUGAUAUCUUAUAUUUUUUCACACAAGACAAUAGUCGAGAAAUCACAUUUCUUUGGGCUAGUGAAGAAACUGGCUAUAGGCAUCUGUAUGUUAUAGCUAUAGAACUUAUUUUUGGAGGUGACUGUGAAGUUACAGAUACUGCAUUUAUUCAGGAAGUGGAUUUAUCUAAAAGACUAAAGAAAAAAGUACCGCUCACUAGUGGAGACUGGGAAGUUUCUGAAGUUGAUGUGUGGGUGAAUGAGAAGAAAAGAUUAGUUUAUUUCAUUGCUUUAAAAGACACGCCGUUAGAGAGACAUCUCUAUGUUGUAGACAUUGAUAAUCCUCAAGAACCAAUUCGACUGACUACUCCAGGAUAUUCACACAAUGUUGCUAUGAAUGAUGAUUGUACUCUUUUUGUGUCCAUUCAGAGUAAUGUAAGUCAGACACCAUUUGGCCAAGUGUAUCAAAUAUUUUAUUCUGUAAAUUAUCCUUUCAAAGUAAGCUUACAAGCUCUUGGGUACUUUCUAGAACCAUCGGCGGUGCCAUCUAAUUAUCGUCAGCCUGAGUUAUUCCACCACAGGCUUCAGUCUGGUCAUUUAAUCUAUGGAAUGUUAUUUAAACCUCCCAAUAUGAAAACAGGAGAUAAGUAUCCAACAGUUCUAACUAUUUAUGGUGGGCCAGAAGUGCAAUUAGUGACUAACAACUUUAAAGGAAUGAGAUAUUUAAGGCAAUACCUGUUGGCAACAGAAGGCUAUGUUGUGAUAGCAAUAGACUGUAGAGGUUCCAGGCAUAGAGGUGUAGCAUUUGAAAGUCACAUUAAAGGAAGAAUGGGAACAGUUGAAAUAGCUGAUCAAGUUGAAGUUUUAUUGUGGCUUUCUGAAAGCACUGGAUUCAUAGAUAUUGGGAGAAUUGCUGUGCAUGGAUGGUCAUAUGGUGGCUAUCUUUCUCUCAUGGGCUUAGCUCAGAGGCCUGAUAUUUUUAAGGUUGCAAUAGCUGGUGCCCCUGUAACAACAUGGAUGCUUUAUGACACUGGUUAUACAGAAAGGUAUAUGGAUACACCAGCAAAAAAUGCUACUGGCUACACAACAGGAUCAGUUUUAUCUUAUGUGCACCAGUUUCCUGAUGAAGAGAACAGGUUACUGAUAAUACAUGGUUUAAGGGAUGAAAAUGUCCAUUUUGCACAUACAAGUCAGUUGAUAAAUGCUUUGAUAAAAGCAGGAAAACCUUAUCAGUUACAAAUUUACCCAACAGAAAGGCAUAGCUUACGGCACUUAGAUGCUAGUGAACAUUAUGAGACAACACUACUAAGUUUCCUACAGCAGCACCUCUGAUUUUUGGAAAUUAUAGGCUAUUUUUUAAUUGUUUAAAUCAUGUUGCAUGUUCUCUCAUGACUUCAGUUUUUAAUGUCUCUGAGCAAUAGAUGUAUGAGUUGAAGUCUUGUUGAAGGCAUUUGACCAUAGCUUUUUUACCAAGCCCAAUUUCAGUCAUUACAUUUAACAAACUUUACGUGAAGCCUACUUUUUUAGUUUCCCUCUUUGUAAAAAUUCAGAAGAAAUGGUUAGUUUUCUAAUUGUAUUAUAUAAUAAAGUAUAUUGUUAUAAAUUUGGCUGAAACUUGAAUUUUAAACUUGUAUUUCCAUUGCUCUCAAUUAUCCAUUCUUGCUACAUAUACAUUAAUGGAAAUAAUAGCUGAUGUAUAAUUAACAACAUGUAAAAUAAUAUAUUGGGCUUGAUUUGAAGAUAUGCCUGUGCCAAUUCUGAGGGUCUCCUUUCACUGCUCAGGCUAUAAGGAAGCUUGAAACUUCUCAUUCUAAAUGUAAUGUUUAUAAGGCUAUUUAUUAAAUAGAGUGUUAUUUAAAA